GGCAGACUAUAAAUAAUCAUAUCGACAAGGUGUCUCCCCCUCCUCUCCCACGAAAAAAAAAAAUCCUAUAAUACCUUGUGCGUGUAGCGAAGACAAACAAGCCAAAGCAGCGUUAAAGUAGAGGUCAAGUAAAAUUACGCUGAUUCUGCGAUGGGAGGUGUUGAAUCAUCCCAACUUGCAGACGUUCCUCCUGGCUUUGAGUAUAUGUGUAUCGUUAUCAACAAACCCGAUGGCGUCAGAGUUUUACAUGGAGGUGAUCGAGAGUUGGUAAUCAUUAAGGAAGCCAUUGAAGAGUCAUGGAAACUGGGUUUCGAUGCAAACCAAAAGACAAAAUGCCACGGCUAUGUUAAAUCCUUCAAGCUCAGUGGUACGCCAUUCGAAAAGGGGACCCCCCAACAAUUUGCUUUAGAAGCUCGAAAGAUGUUCAGUCAGAUACUAUGGAAGCUUAACAAUGCUGGAUGGAAACUGCUGAUAACUACUGAUCUCUCAAGAAAGAUGGCCUUUGGAACGUUCUUUUUCGUCAAACAAGGGACAAUCUCGAUCUCAUAUCCAUUCCCAUGUAUCAAUAUUAGCAGUUCUGAUAAAUUACAGUUUAUAAACUUUUUCCAGAACUUAUACCCUUCCAUCAAAGGCGUGAUUGAAGAGAACUGGUCGCCGGGUAUUCAGUUUGUCUACACGGAAGAUGAGCACAUGCUUGAUGUACAGUUGUUUGGUGACCCUUGGAAGGGGAUGGGAACAGAGACAGUGGAAGCUCGUUCACUCAUCCAGAAGCUCGUCGAAUUUGCUGCCAAGAACCAGUUGGCGCUGUGUUGCUCAGCUAAUAUCAAGAACACAGCUGAUUCGUUGUUUUUCAAGCACGAACCACGGUUUGAAUCAGGAAUAGUGUCGCCUUUCGUCACGAUUAGCCUCAACAGGGACAACAGACUCAGGUUAAUCAACGCUAAGCCAGAGCUGGUUCCAGUCGUGAGGAAAGUAAUUGAAGAUGCAUGGGGUUGGAGGAAAGGAAUCAGAAAAGAAGGAGACUACUGUGGAAGCUUUGAAUUUGAGCUUCAUGGUUCACCUUGGUGGAGCAGUGAUAAAGAAUCCAUAAUGGCGAGGCACAUGAUAGCAAAGCUUCUAGAAGCGAUGCAGUGCCACGGCUGGCAUGCUGUUGGUGCCUUUGACGUAUCAAGAAGGACGACCAACAAGAGUGUUUUCAUCUUCCAACAAUCAGCCCCAUUGUCUACUCCCAUAAUGUGUCUAAGUCCAAGCAGUACAGACAAGUUAAGGCUCAUUAAUGCCCCUGCUGACGUCAUCCAGGUUUGUCGUGACAUCAUCACCAAGAGGUGGCCAAAGGGAAUCCAGAAGGAAAAGGAAAAACUAACCGAGCCUGGAGUAUCUUGCUUGCAGUUUACUCUCAAUGGUACCCCUUGGGAUGGCGAGAACGAUGACAAGUACUACGUCCGUAGCAUGCUAUGUUUUAUAUUACAAGCGCUGACGCAGAAGAAUUGGAAGGUGAUAGUAUCAGGUGACGUGUCUGCGAAGUAUAAAGAAGAUGAUGAUGACGUAAAGUUCCCCACGGAUGUUCAUAGUUGGUGGUUAAUGCAGCUUGAUCCUUCAGCGACUCUUCUGGGCGCUCCUCCUUCGUAUGACUCGAUCAUGGGAAAAAAUUAGGACUCUAGAACAUGCAAUUUCUUUACUUACUUAGGAAUGACCGUUCUUCUUUGUCAGGGAGAGGGGGUGGUGGUAUUCGCCUAGUAACCCAUGUAUUAACCCAUCGUUUUUUACUCUGUUUAUUGGAAAAGUGCUAUGCGACUCGGAUUUUUUGUGUAGCAAAAAGAAAUUUAUUAAUUUUGUAAGGACCUUACUUUCCUGCUAGCAGAGUCUCCCUCGUUGGCGAUUCUUGGCAGAGAAAAUAGGAGACUCUUACAAAAAGUGAAUUUCUGAGAGCUUAGUCCUCGGCUCUUCGUGAGGUCGCGUGUUUAACCCUCACAAUGACGUUGAUCGAAUAAAUGUGACGUAGAGGGCUCUGAUAGAUCUCUACCUUAUGGGCCUUAUGUGUUUCCAAUUAAGACCACAUUUCCAUAUCCUUAACUCAUACAAGGAAUCUUAUAAAGCUUUUAAUUAAGGGUGACGUGUAUUCACUUUUCAUUUGUUACUAUUCAAUUGUCAUAUAUUAUUAUUUAAUUAAUUCCCUCCUUUACUCCGACGAAGGACUAGCGUACGAAACGUCAGUAAGUCUUUUCAUCUUUUCACGGUGUAUAAUUUACCCUUUUAUCAUUACUCUUUCAUUAGAAACACCGACGCAGCUCACACUAGCUAGUUUUUAGCUAGUUAUCUCUCUCUAUUUAAUUAAUACUUAACUACAUUUUUCUCAAUAUAAGUUAAUGACCAAAAAUUGUAAUUUGUUUUAUUUAACCGACCAGUUUAGCCGUUGAGGUUAUUUCAGUUAGCUGGUACUAAUUUAAAGUUUUAUUUAGUCUAUGUGAAUCAACUUAUUAAUCUAUGUACCUAAUAAAAUAUUGUCAUUGUCA